GUCCUACCGCAGGUCCUAAAGCAGACUAAACGGAAAUCGACGGCAGGGUUUCAUAGUAACGGCUUCCCGUUUUCUCCAGAAGUGAAAAAGAUGCCAAGAUGCUUUGUUGAACGAUGCCACAACUAUGGGGGGAAGAGGCUGAACAUUAUUUUGCACUCUUUUCCCAACAACCUGGACAAGAUCAAAACCUGGCUGAGGUGCAUAGAGCAGAGCGGACAUGUCAUCAGGGACAUUGAAGAACUGCUUGAGAGAAUAUUCGAGGCAAAACCAACAACAGGUUUCGGGUGUGCUCAGAACAUUUCACUGAGCAGUCCUACCAGCCUAGUGGAUUGAGGAAGACUUUGAGGAAAGAUGCUGUCCCCACAAUUUUCCGUGAUGUCCCACCACAAAAUGUCCAUGGCAGAAAGUGAAACCAGCACUUAAGAGGACAAAGUAGACUCUCCAGCUUCGGGCGAACCUCACUGCAAAACACCACACAGCAACAGCGGCAACAUGCUUUUCUCAGUUCCCAUAAGCCCUUCUGUCCAUCUGGAUCCUCAUCGACGUGAACAGGCGAACAUGGAGACGACCAUUAAAUGCCAUGAGUAUUUCCAGCAAAAUCCCAAGCAAACCAAAGAAGGUUACAGUUUGAGCACAAAGACGACAGAUGUUACACAUGCAAUCCUGAAGUUCACCCUGGAGAUUAUCUGCCUACUGACUGGAGAGGAUUAUAUUGUUGUGAAAAAGACAUCUAGUCAUGGUGAAGGAUGGAGCAGGACCCAGAGCCCCAUCCUGGAGCCUCCACCUGACUCAUUGAUAGAUGUGAAAAACAAUGAGCAGAAGAUCCUAGAUCUCACCUACAAGAUCAUUGAGCUUCUGACUAGAGAGGCAUGUGAAGGUUUAGAAGAACAUCAGAAAAGCAGCAGGAUGGAGAGCCACCAGGCCCUCACAUAUCUUGAUAAUAUGGUAAAUGGCUUAAGUGACCAUACAUCUGCCCAUGCUAUGGAGGAAUCAUUGUCCAGUGACGAAAAGGAGGAAAUUCAUACACCCACAGAUCACAGACCACAAUACCUGUUUGGUAAUAUUAAGGUUGAAGCAACAUAUGAUGUGAGAAGCAUCAGAGGUUCCAACACUUAUACAUCCAUAGAUGACACCCAACACUAUCCAUCUUCUUCUAUUAAGGAGGAACCAGUCUCCUGCGACGAAGCAAACGUUACAGACCCUGAGAUCCAUGCAACCACAGGUCAUGAACAACAACACGCAUCUACCCAUAUUAAGGAGGAAGCAGUCUCUUGUGAAAGUAGAAACCUCACAGACCACACACAACAAUAUCCAUCUCUUAUUAAGGAGGAACUAGCCACAUACAGUGGAGGAAACCUCACAGACUUUAAUGUUUAUACACCAACAGAUCACGUAGUGUGUGCUAGUAUGGAGGAGACAUCCUCAUGUAAUGGAGGGAGCAUCACAAAUCCUAUAGAUGUACAACAGCCUCCAUCGAAUCAUGUUCUAGCUGAACCAGUGUUGUGUGACAAAGGAAGGCCUAUAAACGCCACCAUGAAUACAGAAGCACGGUCGUCAUCUCAUACUGAGCGUGAAAAUGAAGAUGUGCAAAUGAACUAUUCAUUGUUUGACAAAGGCAAUUUAGACACCGAUAUAUAUGCUCUUAUAAAACACGCACAGGCAAAAUAUACAUUUACUCGUAUUGAAGAUGGUUCUAGCUCAGAGGGAGAGGAGAACUUGAAAGAUGUGGACUCUCAUACAUCAGCAGAUCCAGAUCAUACUCAACGUCCUCCUAAUGGUACAGGAGAAGCUGUCCCACAGACUAUUCAGUGUCCUGAAUGUUCAGAAUGCUUUACUCGCAAAUCAGCACUUAUUAAUCACCGGCGAACUCACAGACAAGAGAAACUGACUUGUUCCAAAUGUGGGAAAGUCUUCUCCAAAAGAUCCAGCCUUCAAAACCACCUCACCCUACACACUGGAGAGAGGCCCUUUGCCUGUCCCAUAUGUGGAAAGUGUUUUGCUCGAAAGAGUAACCUCAUCUCGCAUGAGACUAUUCACUCUGGGAAGGCAUCCUUUAUAUGCGCAGAGUGUGGGAGGUAUUUUGUCUGUAAGGUCCAUCUAACUAAACAUCAGAUUAUUCAUGAAAAAUAAUCCUCCUUCAAAGCUUGUGUCUAAUAGAUAUCUUGAGCUCUUCCAUGGUAGAAGCCAUUUUGGUAGUCAUCAAUGACCUUAGAUAUAUAGCAGCAUUUACAUUAGCCUUAUCUACAUGUAGUACUUGUAUGCAAUUUUCAGUUUUUUUUUCUUUCUUUUACAUCAUCUUUUUCAUAUUAUGCGACCAAAAUCCUUUCAUUUUCACACUAGUUAGACUUUCCACUAUCUCAAGCAGCCUUGACGAGAUGGAAAUUUUCUUGCCGUGCAAGUAACUUUUUUUUAAUUUACUUUAGGUUAUAUAUGUUGUUUUAUAAUCUAUUUUUCAGAUUGAAAAGACCCAUGUCUUUAUUAAAGACCAUUAAUAAUCUUAUUUUAUUUUCAUGUGUUGGUGCUUUUUAUGUCUAGCAUGAGAACUGAAACAAGGGUGCUGCAUCCUCCACACAAUGACGGGGGCUGUAAGCAUGUUACCAGCAUGAAGGUUCAGCUCCACCCACACCGUGCCGUGUCACGUUUCGGCUUUACCAUAUACUGUAUUUCUGCCACCUAACACUGUGUAACUGCUUGAGAAAGCUCUCCGGUGAGGCGAAACAUCAUGUGGGCACGUGGUGUAUGAACCAGCAAAACUGUUUCCCUUUGUGUAUCCAGCAUGAAGUCUGUACACAGGCACUGGAUUGGGAAGUAGUACCGUGUGUAGGACUUACUGAAUGCAUGAGCAAACCCUCAGGAGGAGCAAAAUAAAGAGAGCAAGGCCUAAAGUAUUCACUGCUCUUCACCAAAAUAUUUUUUCUCAUUCUGUGCGCAAUCUCAUCUAAGUUGUAUAAGAUGAGAUUGUAUAAGUUGUAUCAGUACAUUUUAUUCAAUUUUGUAAGUCUCGUGGUUUAAAAAUUCCAGUGUAGAACAUUGGGUCUAGCAGUGUUAACCUUCAAAACACAAUCUUGUUAAUGUGUUGUGUGUUGGAUGUUCAGGUCCACCUAUAUAGAUCAGUGUAUGAAGCCAUAAUUCUCUAAUACAUCCAUUGCUCGUACUACCUUAUCUGUUUGAUCUGUAAAUAAAGUGUCUUGUUCUGAGUGGAAUGUGCUAUUGUCGAAGUUUUAUUUAUUUUUAACCUCUCCUAUAUCCCAAAGUUAUGGCAUAAAGGAAAAAAAGGCGAGGACAUGGAUAUGUACCAUAAACCACUAUAUUCUAACGGAGACCAGGGGAAGAGUAGAAACUAGAAGUUACAGGCGGCACACCGAAGAGGUUUAAUAGUCACUGCUGGAUGCAACAGUCACAAAUUUACUCACAAUUUGUAACACAGUGAGAACCCACUCAUGGCUCCUAAUGAAAACUAAAGCUUUAAAGAGGACUAUGUGGUGUUCUACAAAUAGUUUUCUUCAUGGUGUUAAAAUCUUCUGUAUUGGAGCUCCUGUCGCUUUCUCGAAA